AGUAUCAUUGUCAAUAGUGCCGUGGUAGGCAGCGCACGCGACCAUCGCAUCAGUUGCGACUCGUGUCACUGCGCUGAAAUAUUUUGUGAUUUUAUUUUAUUUAUUUUAAUUUUAUUUUAUUUUGUUACGAGGAUUGUUUUGGUUUAGUUUUCGAACAAAAUGGCUUCCGCUUCAGUAAUGCUGGUGCAGCCUAAAGGUGAGCUUUGGGAGAAGAUCAGAGUGGAACUGAACGAGAAUGUCAACACCAGAGACCAGGACCUGGCCACCAUUAAGGAUUGGCUGAAGAAGCAGCCACAUCUGCCUGAUGAAUGGGAUGACCGCUGUUUGAUGAGCUUCCUCCGAGGAUGCAACUUUUCUUUGGAGAGGUGCAAGAAGAAGCUGGACAUGUACUUCACCAUGAGGAGUGCCUGCCCGGAGUUCUUCAGCAACAGAGACAUCACAAAUCCGGAGCUGCACGACCUUAUGAAAAGGGCACAAGGACCCACAAUGCCAGGAUUGACACCAUCUGGCAGACGAGUCACCAUUUGCAAAGCCCUGGACAAAAAGUUGGAUCCUGCACAGCUCAAUGACGCGUUCAAAAUUGCGAUGAUGAUCGGUGACGUCAGACUGAUGGAAGAAAUCGAAGGUGUUGCUGGAGACAUAUACAUUCUAGAUGCUUCGGUAGUCAGCCCCAGUCACUUAGGCAAGCUAUCCCCGUCAGCGUUGAAGAAAUUCUUCAUUUGUGUCCAGGAAGCCUACCCAAUCAAACUGAAAGAGGUCCACGUGGUAAACUCAACACCUUUGGUGGAGACAGUCUACAACGUCAUUAAACCCUUCCUCAAGGAAAAGAUGAGGCAGAGAAUCCACUUCCAUAGCAGCUACACAGCUCUCCACGAGUUCGUACCUAAGGAGUUACUGCCAACUGAAUAUGGUGGCACUGGCUGCCCUCUUGACGAGAUCAACAGUGCCUGGAUAAAGAAACUCGAAGAAUACAAAGAUUGGUUCAAGGCCCAAGAAAAUCUCAAAGCUAACGAGGCACUUCGGCCUGGAAAACCGACUAAUUAUGAUGAACUCUUCGGUAUCGAUGGAUCUUUUAGACAACUAGCUAUAGAUUAGAGCACUAUUAUAAACCUAGAUUACUCUGUAAGGCUUCGUAAGAACAUAGGUUACCUUAUUUUUUGAGCAUAUACAUAUAUGCAUUCAUUCCGAUCGUAAACCUCUUCGUAUAAUACCUACUAUGUCUUUUUAAGGGGGGAAAAUGAUCCAAUGACUUUUCUC